AUGGGUCAGAGCGAAGAACAAGUUGGGUUAGAAGUAACCGCGAAGUCUGAAACGAGCAAUGCGGACGCUCAUUUUGCAGAUGUUGCAGAUGCUGCCGAUGAUUUGGAGGAUUUGUCUGUCAAAUAUGACAGUACUCCGGAGAAAAAUGAGGAAAAUGAAAAGAACGAGCCUGAAGAUGAGGAAGGUAAGGUAAGUGAUAUCACAUCUGUGGAAUCUGGCGAGGAUUCACCACCACGAUUGAAAUAUACGCGGCUCACUAAGCUUCCCCCUAGAUUCUUCGAUAAGGAUCCUGUUUCUGCAUGCAUAUUUAACGAAAAGGUGUUCAUUUUUGCUUCACACUCUGGGCUCAUACACCUUUGCCGACCGGAUUUUAAGCCAAUUCGAACUUUUAAAGGUCAUAUGACUUCAAUACUUAGCGUGGAUACUGAUGGUACGUACUUUGCUUCUGGUUCCAUGGAUGGAACUGUACUUAUCGGCUCAAUCGAAGACGAAACUGAUAUUACACGAUUUGAUUUUAAAAGGCCUAUUUAUUCUGUGGCUUUACAUCGUUCCUACAAGUCCACCAAGGCUUUCUUAUCUGGGGGAACGGGUGGUAAACUUGUGUAUUCCAUGCGCAGUUGGCUGGGCCAACGGCAGGAUACUGUGUUGGGUGAAGGUAACGGACCCAUAACUAUGAUUAAAGCGGUGGAUGAUAUUGUUUUCUGGUCAAAUGAUGCCGGACUUCAUGUCACCCAGUUGAAUACCCAGAAAUCUCUCAUUGACGUAACGUUACCACCGGAUUUUCCGCGGGCUGAGAUGUACUGGCCUCGGUUCCAUCUUAUAGACAGCACCAGAGUACUGAUCGGAUGGGUAAAUCAUAUAUGGUUAUUUAUAAUUCAGAACCCACAUAGUAUGCACAAUGCUACUAGCAAAAUUCUUUCUUCAGCUGCAUCCAGCUUCAUCAGUGGUGGAAUGGAGGAAAAACAAGUGGAAAUUGAGAGGCAUGCCAUCUUAGAUGACGACAUGUUAAUAAGUGGUAUAUCCGAAUUCAAUGACAAUUUACUCAUUCUCAAUUAUAUAGCGCCAGAACCCACUAAAGAUCCGAAAACUGGCAGGAAAGUUUUGUCCAGUCACCCUCCAGAGUUGAUAAUUAUAAAUAGAGUCACAUUGGAAGAGGAAUCCGUGGACGUUGUUGCUUUGAAUAGUUAUUCGGGGUUGGGAUUUAAUGAUUAUCAUCUUCAUCAGUACAUUUCUCCUUCGAAGGAAGCUCGAUGGUAUCUCAUUUCGGCCAAUGAUGGUGUGGUUGUUCAAGAAUUUGGCCUUCAGGACAAGUUAGCGUGGUACAAAGCUAAGGGAUGGUACCUAGAGGCCUGGAGUAUGAGUGCGCAAUGGCUUGACAAGACAGAUAGAUUGAAUAUCGCAAUGAAGCAAGUCAACAAAUUUGUGUCUCACGAUCAAUGGAGGGAGGCUGCUGAAUUCAUGGGGAAUGCGCUGAAAACUGAAGUUGAACUAGAUACCAAAGAAUAUUGCGGACACGUGAGUGAAGAAUGGAACAAUUGGCUUCAAAAUUUUGUAGAUGCAGGUCAUCUCGAGGUAAUUUCGGACCAGCUACCUUCAGAAGCGAUGAAUGUUACGGAUUCGGGCAUAAGCAGCAAGUAUUACAAUCUAUCGUUGAAUCAUUUUUUAGAUAGUGGAGAUUAUGCUACUGUUUCAGAACUAAUUUUGAAGUGGGACCAUAAGUUGUUUGAUCUUGAUGAUAUUACCUAUAGAAUAGGUGAGAAAUUAAAAGAAUAUGACGAUGCUGGUCCAAUUGAUGAUGAUGAUAACAGUAGUGAUGCUCUUAGGCAACUAAGGAGAUUGUACGUGGAUCUUUGUGUUGAGCAGGACCGGCCUGAAAUAUGCAUUGAUCAUCUUAUCAGACUUGAGGACCCUGACUUACUACAAUUUUUGGAUGAGCAUCAUUUGAUUGGACAAAAUCUGGAGAAGCUUCCCACAAUUAUGCGUAUAUCUGGGGAGAAAAGGGACAUGACCUGUAAAGAUAUAGAAAAGCUUCGAAAAGAACUAGCUGUGAAUAUCUCGAUCCUAGUGGAAAACAGCCACGAGUUAUUGCCUGCGGAUAUUAUUAAAGUGAUGGACGAUGCAGGAAUGGACUACAUCAGCUAUCUCUAUCUUGAAAGACUAUCUAAAGUAGAGAGCUUGCUUGUCGAGUGUUUGGAGGAUGAGAUGGUAGAGUUGUAUGCCUCGUAUAAUAAGGCUAUGCUUUCCGGGUUCUUGAACAAGCAUAAGAACUACUCUAUCGAAAAAGCUAUAGCAGUUUGUGAGAGGAUGCAUUGUAUUCCAGAAUUGGCAUUCUUGCUUAGUAAAGUUGGAGAGAACAAGAAGGCUUUGACAUUGAUCAUCGAUGAAUUGGAUAAUCCCCAAAUGGCCAUUCAAUUCACAGAGUCCGUCAAUGAUAAAGAUCUUUGGGAUUACCUACUCGAUUAUUCUAUGGAUCGACCGGACUUUGUUCGGGCUUUGAUGGAGAAUGCAGGAGACACCAUUGAUCCUUUACCGGUUGUUAACCGAAUUCCUGAGGGAGUAGAGAUCAAGGGAUUGAAGGAAGCAUUGGUCAAUAUUACUAGAAAUAUGGAGCUAGACGAUUCCAUUUACAAGCUUAUCCUACAAAUUAUUUGGAAAGAAGUCGUUGAUGCAUCCCAUGAGUAUAGGGGACUAAGACUUGAAGGUUACAGUCACGAGCCGUUGAAUAAUAGGAUAAGAGCUUCUAUGGAGACUUUGAUCAAGAUACCCCUCAAUUCUAAUGCCAAAGCAUCCCUAGUUACGGAAAGGGAGUUAUUAGGAGAGAACUAUGUUUGGAAAGGAGAAUCUAAGGCACCUACAGAAAAAAUCAAGCACGUCUCUUACAUUAAAGGAUGGCUGAUGAGGAGAAAGAAUGAGGGUAAAAGUUUUGGCGUCUAA